CCCAUUUCUUUACCUAUUCAUCCAAUCUCCAUUUUUCAUGUAGAUACCAAUAAUUAUACUUUUUGUUGGUUACUAAGAAAAAAAAAGGAAAUUUCUCCAGACAUCACAUUUGGCCCUUUGCUCUUUAGCCCAUCAUCCACCCUCCCCACUUAUCCUCUUCACCUGCAGAAGAGAAAGUGAGAGACUUCACCAAGAAAAAAACAGAGAGAGAAAGCUUUGACUCGAAAUCUCUCCUCCUCCGCAUUUCCCAUCUUCCUCCCCACGGCGGGGGAUCUCCGCCAUGGAUCUCACCCCGAAGCAGAGCAUCCCGGCUGCUGAGUCGACUCGCUUCCCCGACGAGGUCCUCGAGCGAGUCCUCACCCUGCUCAAGUCUCCCAAGGACCGCAACGCCGUUUCCCUAGUCUGCAAGGACUGGUACACCGCCGACAGCUGGUCUCGCCGCCACGUCUUCAUCGGGAACUGCUACUCCGUCUCGCCGGAGAUCGUCGCCCGCCGGUUCCCCAGGAUCCGGAGCGUCACGCUCAAGGGGAAGCCGCGGUUCUCCGACUUCAAUCUCGUCCCCGACAACUGGGGCGCCGACGUCCACUCCUGGCUCCUGGUCUUCGCCUCCGGGUCUCCGUUCCUCGAGGAGCUGAGGCUGAAGAGAAUGAGGGUUACCGAUGGGAGCUUGGAGUUCUUGGCGCUCAACUUUCCUAAUUUCAGAGCUCUGUCUCUCUUGAGCUGCGACGGAUUCAGCACCAGCGGACUCGCCACCGUCGCUACUCAUUGCAAGAAUCUGAUUGAGCUGGAUAUACAAGAGAACGGGAUAGAGGACUUGAGUGGGGAAUGGCUGAGCUGCUUUCCUGAUAACUUCAGCACAUUGGAAGUUCUGAACUUCUCCAACCUGAUCACCGAUGUCAACACCGAGGUGCUCGAGAGGCUCGUGAGCAGGUGUAGAUCAUUAAAGGUUUUGAAACUGAACAGGAGUAGCUCCUUAGAUUGCCUGCACAGGUUGCUCACUUCUGCGCCUCAGUUGACUGAACUGGGCGUUGGUUCUUUCUCCCAAGAGCUCACUCCGCAGCAGCAUGCGGAGCUCAAACAUGCUUUCGGUUUCUGCAAGAAUCUAACUGUUCUUUCUGGGUUUUGGGAUGCAACGGCACUGAAUCUAUCCGCUGUUUACCCUGCUUGCUCUGGGCUGAGUUUUUUGAACUUAAGCUACACCGCUUUGCAGAGUCAGGAGCUUGCUAGUCUUCUUCCUCACUGCCCAUGUCUUCGUCGCCUUUGGGUACUGGACUCAGUGGGAGACAGAGGUCUUGAAGCAGUGGGAGCCAACUGCCCAUCACUCGAAGAAAUCCGCGUGUUCCCAACUGAUCCUUUCGAUGAGGACAUGCUCCAUACGGUCACUGAGUCAGGCAUAGUUGCGGUCUCCCAGGGCUGCCCCAAGCUCCACUACAUCCUCUACUUCUGCCGCCAAAUGACAAACGCAGCAGUGGCCACCGUGGUCCGCAACUGCCCAGACUUCACCCAUUUCCGCCUCUGCAUCAUGAACCCAGGCCAACCAGACCACACCACAAACCAACCAAUGGACGAGGCCUUCGGCGCUGUCGUAAAAACCUGCAAGAAGCUAAAGCGACUCUCCAUCUCGGGUCUCCUCACCGAUCUCACAUUCAAGUACAUAGGCGAGUACGCCAAGAACUUGGAGGCUUUAUCAGUGGCCUUUGCCGGAAGCAGCGAUCUCGGGAUGCAGUAUGUUAUGGAGGGUUGUUCGAAGUUGAAGAAGUUGGAGAUUAGGGACUGUCCUUUUGGGAAUGCAGCAUUGCUUUCCGGUUUGGAGAGGUACGAGUCAAUGAGGUCGCUUUGGAUGUCGGCUUGUAAUGUGACGGUUGAUGGUUGUAAGGCUUUGGCCAGACAGAUGCCAAGGUUGAACGUUGAAGUGAUGAAGGAAGAAGGGAGUGAUGAUUGUAAGGCGGAUAAGGUUUAUGUUUAUCGGACAGUUGCUGGGCCAAGACGAGAUGCUCCUCCCUCCGUGCUCACCUUCUCUAGUCUUUGAAAAUCAUCAAGCGAGGAUGCUUCACCAAGCUUUGCUCCGAGGAAUGGUUUUGAAAGGCCUCGAAGACAGCAUUUGGCAAGUAUUUGCUUAAUCUUGUCAAUCUGCUGGGAGGGUGUUGUUCCAUGAAGUCAUGAAGCUACAAACAGCUACAGGAAAGGGCUGAAAUCCACUCCCAUCCAUUCGUGGAGCUUCUUGUAAGAACACUCUUCCAGUAGUGAAAUCCAGAAGAAGAGAAGAAACUCAAGAGUUAGCAUCAGAACAUAUCAACUAGUUCAUCAACACGGGAUGACUGCGAACAAGCCAGCCAAGAUUCCAUUGCAGGUUACUAUAAAAGAAGACCCGAUCCUCAUCAUCGUGCGAGUGUCGCCGAAAAUACAGGCCAUGACUAUUAUCUACAUUUAUCUUCCUAAGUUGAUGGGAAUUUGGAGAAAGGGGAUACUGCAUACACAGAACCAGACAGGAUACAGGCAUUGUUUCUGGUGGUCAGCCGCAUUAGCUUUGCGUUGGCUGAAGGAGAGGGAGUGGCUGUUUUGUUGGUCCAAAGUUGGUGAGGAUGCAUGCUUUUGUUCUGGCAUUAUUUGCUUUCAUGUCUGUCCUUGUUUUUGCCGGAUUGGACUUGAACAGGAAUAUGGCUUUUUUAAGUGGUCGUUUGGCAAGCUUUAAUUUAGAAUACAUCAUGUGUUUUUUGUAAUUGGGAUUUGUUAAAACUUAGAAUUGAUGCAAAUGUUAGAAUACAGUGUUUUGGUCUGUAGCAAAUUAGCAAUUGUGAUAUGGGUUUUCACAUAAUUGGAUCAGUUACAUGAGAUCACUAGAACAACAUGAUGAUUUCCGAAAUAAUGUAUAUUGAAUGUCAGGAAUUGGGGAUGAAUACAUGA